GAAGGCCCUUGCCGAUAACAACUGGGAGUUUCAAACCGGGGUUGUGAGAAUCCUGCCAUGGUUGUCUUUCCAUAGUCAAUUGCAAAGCCAUUGACCCCACUCUUUUCAAGACAAAUAUUGGCAUUUAUUAUUACUGUAUACACUAUAUAGGUCUUUCUCCGACUUCCCCCCCAAUCCAACCUCCUUACCACUGCGCACAGAUUGAAUCCAGACAGCUUCAUCAAAAUGUGGAUACUGCCGCUACUAGGAUAUUUGGGGGUGAUUGUGGGGUUUGCGUUUCUCACCUUAGCUAUAGCCUCCGGCCUCUACUACUUAUCCGAACUUGUGGAAGAGCACACUGUCCUCGCCCGCCGGUUACUGUCCCGGUUGAUAUACAGUGUCAUCAUCAUCCAGAUCCUGCUACUUUUCAUCGACCGAUUCCCGUUCUUCUUAACCCUCCUCAGUGUUGUCUCGCACCUCAUUUAUGCGAGCAAUCUACGUCGCUUCCCCAUUGUCAAGCUAUCGGAUCCUCUAUUCGUUCUGUCUUGUAUUCUAGUUGGUUUGAACCAUUGGCUCUGGUUCCGUCAUUUCUCAAAACCAUCCCUUCAAACCGCGAAUAACUGGCGUCAACCAUACCAGGUUAAUAUCGAGGACAUGCCCACUUUCACAGAGGUGGCUUCUUACUUCGGUCUAUGUGUUUGGCUGGUACCAUUUGCUUUAUUCGUCAGCCUGAGCGCCGGGGAGAAUGUCUUGCCUAGUAUGGGCUCUGAAUAUGCCACAGGCGACCGAGUUGCUACCGCUGGUCUGAGUGACAGGGCGCUGUCAUCUGAUAGUAAAAUCAAAAGCAAGGGAAUGGCAAAAGCAUUGGUUGAUAAUAUCCGAGAUUGGGUGAGCGAAAAUGGGGAAUUGAUGGGAUUCUGGAGAGGAGAACGGACAAGAAGGUUCUAA